UUAGUGUGUAAUAUGGGCAAAAAUAAUACCACUUUUGUGACUACUUUCUUCAUGGUUAUAAUUUUUCUUUAUUCCUCUCAGGUUUCAACUACGUUUUGCAUCAAACAAGAGAGAGAAUUACUAUUUAAGCUUAAGGCAAGUUUCAUUGAUUCUUCUAAUCGCUUGGCUUCUUGGAAAGGAAUUGAUUGUUGUAGUUGGGAAGGAGUGGGGUGUGAUGACACUAAUGACGGUCAUGUCGUCAAGCUUAAUCUACGAAAUUACGACUAUUCCUCAUCCUCUGUUUUACUUAUUAAUGGUGUGGAAUCUAGUUUGUUUGAAUUGAAAUAUUUGAAUUACUUGGAUUUAAGAGAGUUGUUUAUCGAUGGCCUUGAAUGGGUUUCAAGUCUUUCAUCUUUGGAAUAUCUUGACUUGAGUGGUAUAAAAGCAAUUCAAAGUUGUGAAGAGUACGGUUUAGAAAGUCUUGGACUAGAAAACAUCAAAUUUGAGAUCCAUAAAAUUCGAAGUUGGUUGGGAGAAUUAAAGAACUUGAAGUCUCUUUAUCUUCGAAGUUGUUCACUUUGUGGCCCAAUACCUUCUUUAUUUGGAAAUUUAUCUCAUCUCAAGAACUUGGAUAUUUCUUAUAAUAUGCUUAAUGGGGGAAUUCCAAAUCCUCUUAGAGGUGUUAUUACAGAAAUUCACUUUGCUAAUCUCUCACAGUUGAAGCGGGUAUUUAUGAAUGGAAAUCACCUUCUCUCUUUUGAAAUAAAACAUGACUGGGUACCUCCUUUCCAAUUGGAGAUUUUUUCUGUGAGAUCAACUAAGGGUUUUGGAUCAACUGGAUUUCCUCGAUGGUUGUUACCACAAAACGGAUCAGCUUUAUAUUUAGAUUUGUCCAACACCUGUAUUUCAGGGCUUAUACCAAUAUGGCUAAUAUUUUCAAAUUUCAUUUAUUUAGACAUUUCUAACAAUCAAAUAAGUGGACCACUCCCAAAAAACAUUGGCGACCAGAUUUCCAAUAUGUUUGCAUUGUAUGCUUCCAACAUGCAUAUCAAUGGUUCUUUGCCACGAUCUGUUUGUAGAUGGAAGAAUCUAAGAUAUUUGGGACUUUCAAAUAAUAGAUUGUCAGGGACAAUUCCUGGUUGUUUGUUGACACCAAACUUGACAUAUUUUGAUUUAUCGUCGAACAAGUUUUCAGGAAUUUUUUCCAAUUCAUUGGAGAAUCUUUCUAGACUUGAACUAAUGCACUUGGCAAACAAUAAACUUGACGGAGAGCCAUUAAUUUCCAUGAGAAGUUGCAAAUCCUUAUCUAUUUUGGAUCUUGAAGGAAACAAAUUCUCUGAUAGUAUUCCUUCAUGGAUGGGUACAAGUCUUAAAGUGCAAAUUUUGAAUCUACGAGUAAAUGAGUUCAAUGGAUUUAUUCCUUCGUCUUUGUUGCUACUACCUCACUUACAAAUUUUGAUUCUUGCAGAUAACAAAUUAGAAGGAAACAUCCCACCAAUUUGGGCAAAUCUCAGUGCAACCAAAAGUAACCAAUUAACUGAGUCCGGUUUGGUAUGCGACAGUUCAAAGGAUUCAUUUGCAAUUUGUUAUGUAAGCUAUGUUAGACAAGUCACAAAAUCAAGUAGUCGAAACUACUCAUAUUUAAAAUUAUAUUCUAUGGUGAAUGUAGACCUCUCAAUUAACAACUUAUAUGAAAGUAUUCCAAGUGAAAUAGCCACAGUAGAAAACUUGUUCAACAUAAAUUUGUCGCAUAAUCAUCUGUCGGGGACAAUUCCUGUGGAAUGGAAGAUCACUAGAUUAGAAUCUCUUAACCUCUCUUUCAAUCAACUCUCAGGGUCAAUUCCAAAUAGCAUGUCAAGCUUAAGUUCACUAGUCGUGUUGAAGUUGUCUAACAACAAUUUCUCUAGAAGCAUUCCUCGAGAAGGUCAUCUUUCAACCUUGAAUGAUCCAUCUAGUUAUGAAGGUAAUCCAUAUCUGUGUGGAGAUACACUCACUAUUAUAUGCCCAGAUACAAAUUCCGACAAGCCUUCAAUUGAAAUCGACAAUUUUAAUAGUGAUAGUCAUAAAGAAGAUAAGUUGGAGAAAAUGUGGUUUUGUAUUAUUGUGAUGCUUGGAUUUGCUUUGGGAUUUUGGGGAGUUGUUGGACCUUUAAUAUUAAAGAGAAGUUGGAGGCGUGCUUAUUUCCAAUUUAUGGAUGAGACCAAAGACAAGAUCUAUGUUGCAAUAUUGGUCAAUAUGAAAAGGUUGAAAAAAUCAAUGGGAAGAAACAACGUGUUGUAUUUAAUUUAUGUUCAUGUAAUAAUUUUGUUCUACUUUGAUCCAUUGAGUCCAUCGAUUGGAUUAAUGAACUGUUUUUUUCCUUUUUGCGACACGUGUUAAUAAUUUCAUGGUCAAUUGAAAUAUGUAUUGCCUAAUAGUUUAUGCAAAACUCCUUCCCUUCCAA